GAACUGGAAAAACUUCAACAAUAUUAGCUUUAGCUCAUGAAUUGUUUGGUCCAGAAUUAAUGAAAAGCUGUGUUUUGGAAUUGAAUGCAUCAGAUGAACAUGGAAUUCAAGUUAUUAGGGAAAAGGUAAAAAAUUUUGCAUGUGCAACAGUUACUGAUUCAUUGACACAUGAUGCUCAAACAGCUUUAAGACACAUAAUGGAAAACUAUUCUAGAGUCACUUGUUUCUGUUUGAUUUGUAAUUAUGUUAGCUGUAUAAUAGAACCAUUGACUUCUUGUUGUGCAAAAUUUCGAUUUAAACCACUGGAUAUUUCAAGUGCCAAAAAACAAAUUGAACAUAUUUGUGAAAAUGAAAAUAUUAAUUAUGAUCCCAAGGCUAUAGAUGAGAUUCUUAAGAUAUCUAAUGGUAAUUUGAGAAAAUCUAUAAUGUUUCUUCAAAGUGCAGCCAGAUUACAUCAAAAUGAAAGAAUUACUGCUGAUUCAAUUUUAGAAAUUGGAGGGGUUGUACCAGAUGAUAUUAUUGACAAAUUGAUUGAGACUGCUUAUAUGCCUAUAAAUGAUGAAUCAUUAAAUUUGAUAGAUAAUAUUAUGCAUCAGGAUUUUCUGCUGUUCAAAUAA